CGAGCGCUGAGCAGUGAGCCAGGAAGACUCGACCGGAGCGGAUCAGCAGUGUUCAGUUGUUCUCUACAGAAGAAGAGUCAAAUUUGUUAAACUAGUUCGUUUGACAAGAAUCAGUGAAACGAUGACCGGUCGGCUACUAUCGCUGCUUAUCGUGGCAGCCGUUGCUCCCCUGUUCGUUCAGGCUGACGACACCAACAAGAUCGAUGUGGACAAGCUGCGCGAGCAUCUGCCGGCGAACCUGCAGGACCUGCAAAUCCCUUCGAUGGACGAGAUCGAGAAUGCCGUCAAGGAAAAGUGCAUAAAGGCCGGCGGAACCGAGGAGUCGUACGAGCAGGCCAAGCAGGGCGCCCGGGAUUUGGCGAAUUGCGUCAAGGGAUUGGUCGACAUCGACCAGUUCCGGCAGGAGGUCGAAGAUGCCAAACCAACGGGAGAUCUGGACACCGUCUUCAACAAGUACUGCCGCAAGCGGAAUACCUUGCUCGAGUGCGUGAAUACUUUCUCGAAUGCGAUCGAUCCGUGCCUGGACGACGAGGAGGAACAGCACAAGAGCUACGGCCUGGACGUGUUUAAGAAUCUGCUGAACUUUGUGUGCCACAAGGACGGUGACCAGAUUGCGCUCUUCAUCGCCGAGAAGGGACCGGAAUGCUUCACCGAGCAGAAGGACGACCUCAUCCGGUGCGUGAACAGCACCUUCUCCGGCUACAUCAAGGACGUCGAUGUGUCCACCGUGUCGGCUGCAACGAUCCCGAAGCUGGUCAUCGGGCCGAAACAGUGCGAAGACUUUACCAAGCUGCAGAAUUGCCUGGUGACCGAGCUGGAACAGUGCGAGGAGUCUACGCCGGCGAAUCUCGUCGAGUCGCUGUUCAGAUUUAUCCGGAAGGGAUCGCCGUGCGAUCCGAAGGGUAAGGCUGGUCGCAGAUAAUGCCAUUGAAGAAAAUUCCUAAAACUAAGCAUUCUUCAGAUGAAUAAUAAACUACGUUUUGUGAAAUGAAA